CGCACAAGCGAUUGAGACCAAACAACCACGCCGUUCGUUCACAGCAACCCACGAACAUAAAGAUUCCUCCCGGCGCAUCGAAGCGCAUCGCGUCUAUCUCUCCCUCAAACCCACCACAACCAUCCUGCGACCUCGCGAUGCCCGCAAUUCCCACCCUACCGCGUUCCGUACCCACCCACGACAUCCUCGACUCUACCACCUCCCCGACCCUCGACCUCCUCGCCCGAAUGGACUCAAUACCCUUCUCCCCUCCACCCAACAACCUAGAACCGCAUCUCCAACCCCGCCAAGACGCCGACAUCGUCGCCAUCCCCACCGUCUACGACACCCGCGGCCCACCCCCCGGCACCGUCGUCGCCAUCGUUCUCGGAUCCAUUGGCGGCUUCGUUCUCCUCAUCUUCCUCCUCUUCCACGUCGGCAACAUCAGCGCCCGCUCUAGCGUCGUCGCCGAGGAGCACAUCGUGCGCGCCGACCGCUCCCCGCGCUCGCACCGCUCGCGUCGCUCCCGGCACAGCGGACGCACGACCGAGGUGCGCGAGCUGAGUCGCAGCCCGCGCCGGGGGCGCGUCGUUGUGGAGGAGCGGAGGGAGAGGAGGGGGAGCAUGCCGCCGCCGCCGCCGGGCCCGCCGCCGAUGCGCAUCGUGGAGGAGCGGAUCGAGAGGGAGAGGAGAGUGGAUGGGGAUGAUGUGGUGGAGGUGGUCGAGGACUAUAGCGAUGUGACGCCGCCGCGACGGCAUCGGAGUCGGAGAGGGAGCGAUUACAGGUCAGUGGACCCUUAUGGGUAUGGGGAUAUUGAGACUAGCAUACGAAAAUCCCGCCCAAAAAUUCGAGACAGGGACACCACACACCCGGGUUUAGCGAAGACAUAUUGCCGCUCCCUGGAUCACCUUACCUUCUCUGUACAUGGUUUAUGUGGCUUUUUCGGUGACUUUGGACCUAUAGCGGAAAGAUCGAUACCAUGAUGUUGGAGUGGCGGCAUAAUUAGCUCGGCGUUGCUG